UGGCGACCCAAUUAUUCUAUAAAUGACGUUAUUACAAUAUUUUCGCUAAAGGUGUUUGCAAAAUACAAACAAUAUUAUAUUAAAUAGGGUAAUACAUGUAUUUGCAAUGAAAUGUCGCUACGUGCAAAAGUAUUAGGAGUGGUGGAGGUGUUGCUACGAGUGCCGCCACUUUUCGUAAUAGACGAAAUUUUAAAAAUCGGUUUUGGACUCUCAGAAUAUUACCAGGACCUUUCGGACUCAUCACCUGAUUACUCAGAGUCUCUGGAUGGAAAUUAUAAGGUAGAUGAGACGUUCUCUAAUAUAACUACGUUUAUAUCCUUGGAUCCAAAGGUCUCAAAAUAUAUAUUUUUGUCUGUGAUAAGACUGCUGUUAGCAGCUGUAGGAUGUAUUUCAGCAAUGUGUAUGUUUGCUUUAAACACAAAGCAUCUCAUGGUAGUUUACCUGUAUUUGACGUCAAUAGGAAUAGCAAUACUUUCAUAUUUUACCAAUUUAAGAACUGUAAAAAAUGCACCUGUAGAAGAAAAUAUACUAGAGGAACCCAUCACCCUAAUUCAAUUUUAUAAUACUUUUAAUUUCAAAGGAAUAUUGGAGAACAGAGAACUGCUAGAAAAUUACAUUUUACAAGGAAUUCUAGGAUUUCUGUUUAUGAACAUUCAUUUAGGACCUAGAUAUUCCCUUAUUCAGAAAUUUCUGCCUAUUACCUUUUUGGGACCAUCAUUUUUUGCAUCGUUGCCUACACCGAAGGCAUAUUUGAAGCACAUUCCUACAAUAUCUGCUCUCUUGCCUUUUUCUAUAAUAUUAUCUGCCCUGUUGUCAUCAUUUGGGUCAAUUUCAAAUGCCCUGUUUAUAGGCUAUGUUCAAGCAAAAGCUUUUAUAUCAAAUUUUGGUAUAUCUGCAUUAGUCGAAAGAGAGUGGCUUCGACUAAAUGUUCCAGAAGUUUUAAGAACGUUUUGGUUAUUAAGAACUAUAGAACAUGCAGGCACAUUUUUUUUAGCUGGCUACUGGGGUAUAGAAGAUGGACAUUCACCAUAUUUCCGACUAAUGAAGUACCUGUUGGUUAGUGGAUGCGAUACCUUAACAGCUGUACUUGGUUUAACCAGUGUUGUUUCCUAUAUUUGCAAUUUCAUUGGAAAAUUUUUCCAGUGGGUGUUAUUAACUGAAGAUGAAAAUGACAGGAAUUUUGGCACUGUUUCUGCAAUAGUUUUUUAUAUAUUAGCCCUGCAGACUGGACUGACUGGGCUCGAGAUUGAAGUAAGAUUUGUUAGACUUUGUAGAAAUUUUUGUUUAUUAUUUACCGCUCUGUUACAUUUCACUCACAACAUUGUGAAUCCUUUAUUGAUGAGUUUAAGUGCUUCACAUAACCCUUCAAUACGAAGACAUACUCAUGCUCUUGCUGUGUGUGCCGGCUUGGUGGGCUUGUCUUUGUCUUUAAUGUACCUAUUGUGGUCUACACAAGACGUAUCAACCUGGUUACUAGCCGUGACAGCUUUCAGCAUUGAGGUUAUAGUGAAAGUGAUGGUCUCUUUAGCAAUUUAUUCACUAUUUUUGUACGAUGCUCGAAGAGAGUCGUUUUGGGAGAAGCUGGACGAUUAUAUAUAUUAUAUCCGAUCUUUCGGAAACACCAUCGAAUUUUGUUUCGGUAUUUUCUUGUUUUUUAAUGGUGCCUGGAUCCUACUGUUCGAGAGCGGCAGCGCCAUCAGGGCUGUAAUGAUGUGCAUCCAUGCUUAUUUUAAUAUAUGGUGCGACGCCAAGGCUGGAUGGUCAGUCUUUAUGAAGCGACGCACUGCGGUAAACAAAAUUGAAAGUUUACCAGAGGCUGAUCGAGAACAAUUACGUAACCUCGACGAUGUGUGCGCCAUAUGCUAUCAAGAAAUGCAGAGCGCCAAGAUCACCAAAUGCAAACACUUUUUCCAUGGGGUGUGUUUGCGGAAGUGGCUCUACGUUCAGGAUCGUUGUCCACUAUGUCACGAAAUCCUCCAUUUGAUCGACUCCGAUGAGAAAACGAGGUCCGACGAUCAAGAGCAGGCUGACGCGGAACCUCUGGAUAUUAUGGAACACCACGACAGGUGAUAAAGCUUCAUUGUGAUUUAAGAUUAUGGACUGGGUUUGGUCGUGUACCGUAUUGACUUUGAAACGAAGAGGUGAAAGAAGGUGGUGCUCAAGACGGUAAUUUUAUUUGAUGUGAAAAAAAAAACAAGGAAAAAUUGUAAAUACAGACUUAGAAUUUAACGAUGUUGAGGUAUUUAUAAUGUAUUUUAGGUUAUUUCAAAUUUUACUAGGGUUUUGACUUAAAUUUAUAAAAAGGUCAUGGAUUUGAAAAGAUAAUAAUUGAUUAAAUCACUUUUGGCUUAGUAAAACGAGAGUUUUUUUAGAGAAUUCAAUAAAUUAACUAUAUGUAGCACUAUACAAAUUUAAUAUAUAUUUAAGCAUUUAUCGGCAAUAUAAAUAUAUUACAUUCAGCAUUUUAUCUUAAAAUUAUCCAAAAGAAUUAGAGUAAUAGAACAAUUUCAUAUCCUAAUAUUAAAAAAAAUAAUUAUUCCUUUAGUUAAAAUAAAUAAAUAGGCUUAUAUAUUACAUUUAACUAUGGCUGAAUAGGUAUUUUUUAGACUAUAGUAUAUACUUUCCUUUCACCACAUAUGUAUAUCAACAGUUGAGUUUAAUCAAAUGAAGCUUUUAUAGCAUAUUUUUAUCUUUAGCUCAAAACUUUAGAAUUGUCUACUAUAAUAUUAAUUUUAAUAGUCAUUUAAUUUUUUUCCAUCGUUCUCCAGAUCCAGAUGCUAAAUAAACAAUAAAUAAAAACACUACAA